ACACUGUUGUAUGCAGCAGCUGAUGACAUGACAGAAGGACUGACAACGACUAGAUUUGUAAAUUAAAAUACACGUUGUAAUGUUUUAAAUGUCAGUAAAAUGUUGGUAAAAUCUGUGAAAGUUUUCAGCACCUGUUUUAUAUUUCAUUAAAAUUAAAAGCAGGGAUUUGCAUCUCGUAAAAACAUUGUAGCUAAACAAAUCAAAAUCAAACAAUCAGAUCCAGGUCAAGCAAGUAUAGCUUGCUAUAGCUAGACACCGGGAGACUAAAUGUUGAGAUGAUUCCAAAAAAUGGUGUAUAUAUUAUCCAAGGAGAGUUAAACCAUGUUGUAGCAGCAUUAAGGAGGAACAACAGAUGGAGUGGUGGUCAUUUUCAUCAGGACGAUGUUCAAGAUCCUUUGUUAAACAGUUUUUCUCAACUAAAAGAAACACUGCAAGACAAAACAGAUGUUAAUGAUAUUGAUGUCAAUAUCUUUCUGGGACCAUUUCUGGAAGUUAUUCGUUCAGAAGACACCACUGGUCCUAUCACAGGAGUUGCUUUGUCUUCUGUAAACAAGUUUUUGUCAUAUGGCCUUAUUGAUCCGUCUACAGAAAGUGCUGGAUCAGGUAUUGACAACUUAGCAGAUGCUGUUACGCAUGCUCGCUUCGUUGGAACUGAUCCUAGCAGUGAUGAAGUUGUAUUAAUGAAAAUACUACAGGUGUUGAGAACACUUCUUCUCAGUCCUGUUGGCGUACACAUGACAAACGAAUCAGUGUGUGAGAUUAUGCAGUCAUGUUUCAGAAUAUGUUUCGAAAUGAGACUGAGUGAAUUGCUUCGCAGAACUGCGGAACAGACAUUAAUUGACAUGGUGCAACUAUUGUUUUUGCGACUUCCUCAGUUCAAAGAAGAUCUUAAAAAUCAACUGUCUGCUCCUCAUAUUAGAAAAAUGUUUAAACGGAGUGGUCCAUUGGCAAGUACGCGCAAUCGAAACAAAAAAUCUAAGAGGUCACAAAAUAAAUCUCAUCGGCAUUCCAAAGAAACUGUGAGACAAGAAAAACAAGUUGAACCUGAAUCAACCACUGCUGAAUCCCAAUUAACCACUAAUGAACCUGAGAAUACCACCACUACUACAAAUACAACAACCAGUGUUGAGUCUUCUAGAAUUGAAAUUACCUCACCAGAAGUUGAUAAUGUAACUGAAGUUGAAGAAGUAAAAAAUCUUCUUGAUAACAUUGAAAAAUUAACUUGUGAUGACAUUGAAUUUGUAAAAAAGACCGAAAAUAAUGAACAAAAUAUAGAUUCUGAACAAGAAUCGAAUUCAGAACGAACACUCGAUGAGAUUGACCCUGAAAAAAUGAAAAGCAUGAGCGAAGGGUUAGACAUAUUAGGACAGGAUAUUGCCCUAACAGAAAGGAACAGUAAAUCUAAUGCACUUUGUGUACCGGACAGUUUACAGUCAUUAGAAUCAGACCAGGACAUAAAAAUUGAUGAGGAAUUGAAAGACGAGAACUUAGAAAACUUUAAAGACCAUGGUGUUAUUUCACUGCACUAUGCUGAAGAGGAUGCUCGUAGUGUGGAUUCCAUGGAUGUUGAAGAAACAGUUACCAAUUCUGUAAAAACAGAAAAUGACGUUGGCAGUCCAAACAAGCAUGUUGAGCAGGACACCCAAGCAAAUAGUGAAUAUGUGAACCAGCAAGGUGUUAGGUUUACUCCACAAGAAGGACACAAGGAAGGUCAUGGUCCUCUAGUACCAUAUGGCUUACCAUGUGUGCGGGAAUUACUUCGAUUUCUUACAACUCUGGUAAAUCCACAUGACCGGCAUAACACGAACACCAUGAUACAUAUAGGUUUAUCACUGCUUACAGUUGCAUUAGAAUCUGGAGCAUCCCAUAUUGGACAUUUUGUUUCAUUGAUGCAGUUGAUUAAAGAUGAUUUAUGUAAAAACAUAUUUGCACUAUUACAAUGUGAUAUUCACAUUUUAUUCUCUAUAUCAAUGAGACUUAGUUUUCUGUUAUUUGAAGCACUUAGAGGAAGUCUAAAGUUUCAGCAAGAGCGCUUCUUUGAAAAGUUAAUGGAUAUCCUGAUGUUAGAAAAUUUAACUGUACCUUAUGAGAAAAGGGAAAUGGCACUUGAAUACAUUAACCAGAUGUUUCACAUUCCGUGUUUGGUGCAAGAAUUGUAUGUAAACUUUGACUGUGAUCUGCAUAGUUCCAACUGCUUAGAAGAUUUAUGCAAAACACUUUCAAAGAAUGCUUUUCGUCCUGGCAAUCUGUCAUCUGUCAACCUACUUGCUCUUGAUGCUUUAUUGACAAUUGUGAAUCAGAUUGAAGAGCACUGUCAUGAAACAAGGCGAACAGGCACAGAUACUCUAGCUGUGAAAGAAAACAAAGAACGUUCACAUAGUUCUUCCUCUGAAAGAACAGCGGAAUAUGAAUCGGGACCUGACGAUAUGGAAAAUGAUAUCAUUCACACAGCAUUGUCAACCUCUGGUUAUGCAGUUGGAAAGAAACUGCUUGGAAUGGGACUUGGUGGGAUGAAUAAAGAUAAGCUAGAUGAAUCGAAACAAAAUUCAGUCUUUCAUCAUCAAGCAAAUACGUCAGCACCUACAAAAGAAGAUAUUAUAAUGCAGAAGAAAAAUAAAAAGUUACUGUCACAUGGCAUAGAAGAAUUCAAUAAAAAGGCAAAAAAAGGAAUUGAAUAUUUACAAGAAAAAGGACUGCUGUCCACGCCCUUGCAGCCAGAUGAGUUAGUUCAAUUCUUUAAAAAGAAUCAACGUGUUGAUAAGAAAACUCUUGGAGAUUAUAUAGGAGAAAGAAAGAAUAUCAAGGUGUUGGAAGCUUUCGUGAGAUCAUUUGAAAUGCAAAAUGUACGUAUUGACGAAGCACUUCGAAGUUUUUUGGAAUCAUUUCGACUACCUGGUGAAAGUCCAGUUAUCUCAUUGAUAUUAGAAGAGUUUUCAAACAAGUAUUACCAAAUCAACCCAACACCAUACAAAAAUACAGAUGCAGCAUUUACAUUGGCGUAUGCUGUUAUCAUGUUGAAUGUCGAUCAACAUAACAAGAACGUAAAGCAACAGAAGUCAAUGGAUAUCAAUGACUUCAAAAGAAAUCUUCGCAAAACUAAUGGUGGCGAGGAUUUUCCACCAGAGCUGUUAGAAGAAAUAUUUGAUAACAUCAGGACAAAUGAGAUUGUUAUGCCUGCAGAACGUACUGGGAAAGUUAAAGAAGCAUAUGAGUGGAAGAUGUUAAUACAAAGAAGUCGUACUCCAGCUUCUGUGUAUACUCAUGUUAAUUCCGCAACGUAUGACGAAGAACUUUUCUUAGUUGUGUGGGGACCAACAGUUGCGGCUCUGUCAUAUGUAUAUGAUAAUGGUUCUGAUAAAAUGAACAUCCAAAAAUCAAUUCAGGGAUUUAGAAAAUGUGCAACAAUAUCUGCGCAUUACAAUUUGUCAGAGGUGUUUGAUAACUUGUUGAUAUCGUUAUGUAAAUUUACAAGUCUACUCGUAACAGGACAGCCUAGUGAUAACCUUCCUGUAAUAUUCGGUGGUAACAUCAAGUCUCAACUGAGUGCGCGAACUGUAUUUGCUCUCGCACACAAACAAGGUGAUAUUCUACGAGAAGGAUGGCAGAAUUUACUUGUGUGUAUGUUACAGUUGUUAAAAGGGAAAAUGUUACCCAAAGUGCUUACUGAGGUGGAUGAUUUUGUUGAGCAGAGUGGUAAGAUCAGUUUAAUAAAAGAAGAACCACGUCCUGCACCAAAACAAGACAAUGCUGGCAUGUUUGCUGCCUUCUUCUCUUUCUAUGGUUCUUCUGAUCCAUCAAGUGCAUCUGUGUUGACUGCUGAAGAUAAACAAGCACAAGACACAGCUCUUAGCUGCAUCAAGGAAUGUCACCCAGAAAAUAUUAUUACAGAAAGCAAAUUUCUUCGUCCUGAAUCACUGCAAGAGUUGGUGAAGUCUCUGAUCAUUGCAUCAAAGCCAGAACAUGCUUAUGAAUCGACAGAUGUACCCUACGAUGGAGAGGCGGCUGUUUUCUUUUUGGAAUUUCUCAUCAAAGUUGCACUUCAGAACAGGGAUCGAAUAUCAUUAUUGUGGCAAUCGUUACAAGAUCAUUUGUCAAACAUUAUCAUUAGUGCACCAAAAUACAGUUUUCUUGUGGAGCGAGCUGUCGUCGGUUUAUUGCGUCUCUGUAUCCGUCUCAUCCGACGUGACGACAUCUCGGCACAAGUGUUGAUCACAUUACGUAUACUCCUUAUGAUGCAUCCUCACGUUCUGUUGAGCUGUUCUAAACAAAUCUCCUACGGCUUGCACGAACUAAUUCGAACGAACGCUUCGAAUAUUCAAUACUCGAGGGACUGGAUAACCAUUCUAACAAUAUUGCAGGUGGUUGGCGCUGGUGCCAGCCCGCCCAUCGUUAAACCUGGACCUUGUUUGACGUUGAUUUCUGGCGAUUUGUACGCACCUCAUGAGGAGAAAGAAAAGAUAGAUACUGAGACAGGCGAAACUUACCAGACUGGUGAACAUAUGGAUCGAGGAGAUUCUAAAGAUGAAACUGAAGAAGACGACGACGAGUCUAAAAGUCCGACUGGAGAACAGUGGUUACUCAUCAACAAAAACGAGGACGACGAUCUACCAGUGAAUCAGUACGAUUUAACAUUCAAAGAAAAACUAAAUAAACACGACUGUAAGGUCUUCAUAAAAGCUUCGUCCUCCAUUGGAUUCAUCGUGCGUGAUAUGGCUCACGUGAAAGAUUUCAACUUAUUUCAAUGUAUAUAUGCCGUGUUGCUUUUCGGUGAAGCUUGUAGUAAUGGCGGAUUGAAAUACCGACUGGAAGAGACUGUUUUGAAUCAGAUUGAACUAGAAAAGCAUCCCAUACUCGUGAAAAAAUCCAAGGCUAAGAGAAGCACAUCACCGUUAGCGAGCCGUAAAAAGGGCGGUGUUAUGGAAUCGCCUCGUAGCGAAGACGAAGCUGAAUUUAACGAAAACACAGGGAACAUCUAUGACGCAAUCUCGUUGCAAUUGCUUGAUUUGAUGUACGCACUGCAUACAAACGCUUCAAAGAUUUUGGGAAACAUGACUUGGGAGGUGUUUUCAGAGAAGCAAAAAGCUGAAGUAAAAGCAAGGUGGAGCAGCAAAGAGAGUAUCGAUCAGUUACCAAGCACAUUUAGAGGUGACGUAGAUUGUGAGAUGUCAUUAUUAUGGGUGAAAUGUUGGUGCCCUUUGUUACAAGGAAUCGCUCGCUUGGGAUGUGAUAUUCGUCGCGAAAUUCGCAUGUCAGCUUUGACUGUGUUACAGAGAGCUAUGUUGGCGGAAGAUUUACAAUCUUUAACCGCAACGGAAUGGGAAAACUGUUUCAACCAGGUGCUUUUCCCGAUGUUAGCAAGCUUAUUGGAAGUAUCAGCGGAAGUCGAUCCAAUGGGUUUAGAAGAAACGCGAAUGAGAGCUGCAACUUUGCUGUGCAAGGCGUUUCUCCAACAUCUGAAUACACUGAUCUCGUUAUCAACGUUCACCGCGUUAUGGAUGACUAUUCUGGACUUCAUGGACAAAUACAUGCAUGCUGACAAUAGUGACUUGCUGUUUGAAGCUAUUCCUGAAUCUUUGAAGAACAUGCUUUUGGUAAUGUCGACUGCCGGUAUUUUUGAACAUCACCAUGACAACGACCCCAAUACAGAGUCACAACCGCAGCACUUAAAAGCAGAUAGCAAAUCCCGAAAAUACUCCGCACUGUGGCAGGUGACGUGGGAAAGAAUUGAUUGCUUUCUUCCAAAUCUACGCGAUGAGUUAUUAGCAACCCAGUCACCAGUUUCUCGUCGUGUGACAUCGCCACCCGAUCCAGAUCCCCCAGGUGGUAUGACGAUUCAUACCGAAGAGGAAAUUGCUCGAAAGACACCUUCAUCCUCUAACACAGCAGUUCCUAAAACAGAAGACAUAGUUACACAAUCCUCCUCAAUAGAAGAAGUGCAAACAAACGUUGCGCCUGUCGUCACCCCGCCAACUUUUAACUCGCCCGUUACGCCUGUAAAAUCGCCGUCAUCUCCAUGUUUGUCUUCUGUACGUGCGGAAAGUCCUUUAUUGUUUGCUGACGAGCCAUCGAACCUCAAUAUCAAGUUAGUUGCGCCUCUACCUCAUCUGAGUCCUCCGGGUAGCGCUCAUGCGAUCCAUGACCGUCAAGGUAGCCAUCCAAUACCGAUCUUGUUGCCGCCGAAACCGACGCUAACGUCGCCGGAAAAAACAAACGUUGAAAAAUCUGAGGAAGAGACGAAAUGUUCAAGCGACGUAGUUAAAGAAAUCCCUGAGGAGCUGUCGUCGCCUGAGAAAGCACUGGCGAGUAAUAUUUAUGACAUUUAAUCAGCCAACUUGGGGUGUCUGUGUUUCACUUGGUACAGCAAAGCCGAAAUCGACGUGUUAGUUAUGACAAGACACGAUCAACUUCUGAUAACUCGGACCUUGUGAUUUUCAUGACGAAAUUUAAAAAAGGGUUCAAGGGGUGAAAAAACAUUAAAACUUAGUGUUCAAGUUAUCGGUAGUUGAAUAUAUCACAGUGUUUCUAUGCCUACCUGGUAUAACGAAUCACACACGGGGGUACUUAAUAUAUAUAGUAACAAAAUUGCGUUUCAGUGGAAUAUUAUGGUGAUGUUAAUUUUUAAGCAGACGAUGCAUCAAGUGAAAAUAUAGUGUCAGUCUCUGUUAUUUUGUCUUUGUCUCGAUUAUUACUUGUUGCAAUACUUAUAAAUUUUAACUGAUCUUAGAAUAACACAUUUUUUCUAUACAUUUCAUUAUAAUUUAUUAGAUUUAUGUGUCACCAUGUCUGCUAUAACACAACGUAUGCUUAUCAAUCGCAAUUUAUGCGUAGAUCAUAGUACAAAAUAGUUUCUUCUUUCCUAUUCCUUAUAGGGGACACAAUAAGAACAUUGUUUUUUUUUCUAUUUCUUUGUACCCUGUCCCAAUCAACCCAGGUCUUGCAAAUUUUAAAACGCUUUUCGUGAAGACAUCUCCAUCGCAGAUGCGAGAAUCCCUUCCCUAGAAACAAAGAGAAUGUUCAAUUCUUCCUUUCCUGCUCAACGAAAGAGAUUUUAUCUUACUAAAUCAGGUUAAUUUUGACCCUUCCACCAUUGUGUAAAAAAGCGAAUAUAGUGUUUUAUUUUGUGUAUUAUAAUUAAAAUAUUUUAAAGUUGGAAUUAGUAAUCUGUCUGGAAUGAAAUCCAGACAGAUGGAACGUUAUUA